CGCGCACGCCAAGUACGGUCUUUAGCAAGUGGAAAUUAGCCACCACCGCAGCAACAGUCCAGUAGCAGGGCCCUCUAAUAGAUACGCCACUGGUUCCAAUUAGCUUCUAGUGGAUAAUUUGCCCCAACGAACCCAACCUGUCGCCCCCCUGUCGUCAGACGCUGCGGCGUGGCCGCCCAAUGUAACCUGCUCCACGCGCAGGUGGUGUUGGCCAUGCAGCCCUGCAGUACUGCUCCGAGCCGCAUAAAUUAUCCCAUCUUAUCUUGUCUCUGGGCGCCGCUUCCCUUUCUUUCUCCUUCACCAACCGUUCAAGUCCGAGUCUUUGACGUGAUCGUGCUAAUUGUCGCCAUGGUCUCUGUCACCCUUCGUCUCGCCGCUGCCUUUGGCGCAGCUACGGCUGCUGCUGCUGGUACAUGCGACCUCUCCGUAUUCCAAGAGACAAGCGCGUCCUUCUUGCCGCUGCAGUCCAAUGCUGGAUCGCCUGACCUCUUCCCCAUGCCAGCCUGCAAAGGCUUCAAGCUGGAGGAGGCUACGAUCGACCAGAUGCAGGAUGCCAUGAAGAACGGCACCCUUACUUCCGUUGACCUGGCCCUCUGCUACUUGAUGCGAAAUGCGCAGACCGAUCAGUACCUCAGAGCUGUCUUGCAAAUCAACCCCGAUGUCCUCGCCAUUGCUGCCGAACGAGAUGCUGAACGCAAAAAUGGCAAGGUCCGCGGCCCUCUCCACGGCAUCCCUUUCACCAUCAAGGACAACAUUGCCAGCAAGGAUAAGAUGGAUACCACCGCAGGAAGCUUGGCUCUACUGGGCAGCAUCGUCCCCCGAGACGCGUUUGUCGUGUCCAAGCUUCGAGACGCUGGUGCCGUUCUUCUUGGCAAAGCUGGCCUUAGCGAGUGGGCUGAUAUGCGCAGCAACAACUAUUCCGAGGGCUACUCUGGUCGUGGUGGACAAGUCCGCAGCGCCUACAACCUGACUGUGAACCCUGGCGGUAGCAGUUCAGGAAGCGGUGUUGGCGUUGGCGCCAAUGUCAUCCCCUUUGCCCUCGGCACCGAGACCGACGGAAGUGUUAUUAACCCGGCUUCACGAAACGCACUGGUUGGCUUCAAGCCCACCGUUGGAUUGACGUCCCGCGGCGGCGUUAUCCCCGAGUCUGAGCACCAAGACUCUGUCGGCACCUUUGGCAAGACGGUCCGCGACGCCGUGUACGCCUUUGACGCCAUCUACGGCAUCGACCCUCACGAUAACUACACCGCUGCGCAAAAGGGAAAGACCCCCGAGGGCGGCUACACGCAGUUCCUCCGCAAGAAGGAUGCUCUCAAGUGUGCCACUUUUGGCAUCCCGUGGAUGAGCUACUGGCGCUACGCCGAUGCCGAGCAGCUGCAAGUUCUGACAGACAUCAUCAAGCUUGUUGAGGCUGCUGGUGCCACCAUUAUCAACGGCACCGAAAUCACAAACUAUCAGGAAAUCAUCAACGGCGACGGCUGGAACUGGAACUGGAUGCCCGCCAACCAGUCCGAGUACACCGUUGUCAAGGUGGACUUUUACAACAACAUCAACGCCUACCUGUCCGAGCUCACCAACACCAACAUGAAGACCUUUGCCGACCUCAUGCAGUACAACUACGACAACGACGGCUCCGAGGGCGGCUACCCCUGGCCCCGCGGCAACCCAGCCUUUUACUCUGGCCAGGACGGCUUCGAGGCAUCCUUUGCCACCAAGGGCAUCAAGGACGAGACAUACAAGCAGGCCCUAGAGUUCUGCCAGAGCUCGUCUCGCAACGGUAUCAAUGAUGCCCUGACGUACAAGGGCAAGAAGCUCAAUGGCCUGCUCGUCCCGCCUGCCGUCGGCCAGAGCUACCAGCAAUCCGCACAGGCUGGGUACCCCGUCGUCACUAUCCCUGCUGGCGUCAGCUCCGACUCGGGUAUGCCGUUUGGUCUGGCUAUCCUGCAGACUGCCUGGGCCGAGACAGAGCUGGUCAAGUGGGCCAGCGCCAUUGAGGAUGUGAUUCAGUCGUCUGGCGGCAAGUUUGGCCGAACUAGACCUACCUGGCGCGGCUACCUCCAGCGCAACAUCCCCGUGUUGUAAAGAAAAAGCAUGUUGUGGAAGCGGUAGAAAAGCUGAUGCCAUCCAACGCAUACGUAGACCCGCGCUGUAUAUAACCAAGCAUUACAUAGAAAUAUAAUGAACAUACACUUAGCAUGCA